UGGGGCGGGGCCGGGGCCGGGCAGGGCCGGGCCGGGCCGGGCGGCUGCAGAGCGACUGCUGCCGGUGCGGGAGAAGGUGGGAGCUGGGUUGGGCCGGGCUAGGCUGGGCGCGGAGGUGACUGCCCGUCGGUAGCGGGGAUGCUGCUAUCGCUACCGCCGCCACCGCCUGUGAGGAGGCAGCAGGCGGGAGAGCGGGCGGCCUCGGCGCCCGGCGGUAUGAGCAGCGGCGGGAACGUUCCCCGAGUUCCGCGGCGGCGCUAGGGGCCCCUCCCCGCUCCGGCCGCCACCUGCGAAGCGCGGCGGCGGUUUAGCCUGCUCGGAGACGCAGCGCGAAGGGGGCAACCGGGCCGGCCAUAAAACACCGCCGCCGCCCACCCUUCUUGAGCGGCGUCGCUGCCCCUGUCGUCCCCUCUCCGGCUCGCCCUCUCCCGGUGAGGCGGAGGGAGGGAGGGAAGGAGGAGGCGAACGGAGUCCCCUCGUCACCUUCUCGCUGCCCCAUCCAUGGGAGAAGCGGGCCGUCUCCCUCUGGGAACUGCCGCCGCGGCUCGCCGGGACUGAGCGGAGCGGCCGUCCGCCGGCGCUGAGGGAGGAUGCCACUGUUCCGGAAGGUGCUGCGGGUGUCCAAUCGCUCCAUGCUCGCUUUCAUCUUCUUUUUCUCCUUCUCCUCCUCCUGCCUCUACUUUAUCUAUGUGGCCCCCGGAAUCGCAAACACAUAUCUCUUUAUGGUGCAAGCUCGUGGUAUAAUGUUGAGAGAAAAUGUAAAAACAAUAGGACAUAUGAUCAGAUUGUACACUAACAAAAAUACUACACUGAAUGGAACAGAUUAUCCUGAAGGAAACAACUCUAGUGACUCUGUUGCUCAAACAACAAUGUAUCUUCCAGAAAACUUCACUUACUCUCCUUACCAGGCUUGUCCAGAGAAGCUGCCUUACAUGAGAGGCCUCAUCGAUGUCAAUGUAAGUGAAAUUAGUUUUGAUGAAAUUCAGCAACUGUUUUCAAAAGACUUAGACAUUAAACCAGGAGGGCACUGGAAACCAAAGGACUGUAAGCCAAGGUGGAAGGUGGCAAUCCUUAUUCCUUUUCGGAAUCGCCAUGAGCAUCUUCCAAUUUUUUUCCGUCAUCUGAUACCAAUGUUGCAGAAGCAGCGGCUGGAAUUUGCCUUCUAUGUUGUUGAACAGACAGGCACACAACCUUUUAAUCGUGCAAUGCUCUUUAAUGUUGGCUUCAAAGAAGCGAUGAAAGAUGCAGUUUGGGAUUGCAUAAUAUUUCAUGAUGUGGAUCACUUACCUGAAAAUGACCGAAAUUAUUAUGGAUGUGGAGAAAUGCCACGCCAUUUUGCAGCAAAGCUGGACAAAUAUAUGUACAUUCUUCCAUACAAUGAAUUCUUUGGUGGUGUAAGUGGCCUGACAGUGGAACAAUUCAAAAAGAUCAAUGGAUUUCCCAAUGCCUUCUGGGGAUGGGGUGGAGAAGAUGAUGAUCUUUGGAACAGGGUUCACUAUGCUGGAUACAAUGUAACCAGACCAGAGGGAGAUUUGGGGAAGUACAAAUCCAUUCCUCAUCAUCACAGAGGUGAAGUCCAGUUUUUAGGACGAUACAAACUUCUGAGGUAUUCCAGAGAACGCCAGUAUAUUGAUGGGCUGAACAAUUUAAUUUAUACCCCUAAAAUACUUGUCAGUAAAUUGUAUAAAAAUAUAACUGUUAAUCUCAUACCAGAACUUGCUCCUGUUAGAGACUAUUGAUGGAAGUGGAAUGACAAGCUAGUCUGCCAGAAUAAACUUUUAGCACUGGAAGCUACCAAUACACUGUAAAACAAAACAAACUGCAGCUUAGAAUUAGAGAAAUUUGACAAUCUGUUGAUGCAUUAUUUGGGAUGAGAAGUAAAGUGUCUGUAUGUACCAUGCAUUUUGUUCUGAAAGAAAAGCCAGCAGCUACCACUCAGAUGUUUACAGCAUGAGACUACUGUUCAUGCCUUCAUUCUUCAUGUUCUUUAUCUUAACCAUUCAACUAAAAUAAGCUGCAGAAACCAGACUUGUAGUUCUCUGGAAGUAGGGACAGAGGCCUCUUCUUCCAUGAAGUUUUUUAUACUAAUCUGCUUCUCCUCCCCCACCCCAACCGUAUUUAAAUGAAUGCUUUUGUUUAUUUAAAAAUGUUUGUAAAUACGUGAUGUAAAUUAAUGCGUGUACAUUGCUUUUUAAAUGUCUCUUUUUUGCUUCAGUAUGUAUUUUAAGUGUGUUCUUGUUUGAGUUCUAUAGGAAUGUUUUUAUUAGCAUGAAAGAACAAGUGUAAAAUAUAAGUAUGCUUUAAAAAAGGUUAUACCUUAUGUGAAAUGAAGGAAAUGUUAAUUGUUGGCCAGCUAUGACUGUAAACUGUUAUACUAGUUUUGAGCUCUAGGCCGCCUGCAUAUCUAUAUAGAAAAAUCAAUUUUGUAUAUGAAAACUUGCUAGAAAGAAAGCUUUUAAUUUUAUUUAUUGCCAGCAGAAUUAUAUGAUACCCUGCCUGCCAUCUAAAUCAUAUUUAUAUGCAUAUUGCAUGUGUAUUACAGAAAAAUCUUUGCAGUUGUUGCGUAUUACGAUCUACAGGAACUCUUAAAUGUUUCCAAGUGUGCCACUGGUGUCAAUGUCAGGGAUUUUAAUGCCUAAAACAAUGUGUCUGAGUGCUUACAGUAUUUUGUUAUUGAUUUUUUUAAAAAGUGUCCUAGUAAACAGCACUUUUAUUCCUCCAAAGUCUGAAGAGCCAAAAACAUGUCUUCACUGGAAGAAUAUUAAAGUUAGAUUUUUAAGAAAAUAAUAAAACAUAGUUCUAAUAGUUCUAAUGCUUGCAGUGUGAGAUUUUCAGAGCCACGGUGCUGGUCAAAGUGUUCUGCUGCUGCCACUGAUGGCAUAAGUGGAAAUGAAAGCAGACCAAUACCAAGUGCUUUUUAAAAUUCCACUCGUUAUAUAUUAAUCAAUAUAACUAUUUAAGGGCCUAUUCUGGUAAAGUGCUGAAUGCUUCUAUGAUGCACUAAGUAUCCUCAAGUCGAUGACUUCCAAUGAGAUUGAGGUUGCACAGUCCCACCAAGGAUUGGCCCUGUCUGUUUCUCUGUUUUUGUGGUGUUAUAUGUAUGAGUAACGAGCCUCUUGGCUUACAAUGAAAAACAUAUCUUCUUUUCUGUUUGCUUGUAAUGUUUAUGCUACCUAAAAGUAUCCCUCUGCUAAGGAUUAUUAUCUUUCCUUAUAUUUUUUUACAGCUCUUGUUAAUACUAAGUAGAAGGACUGGAUCAUUAUUUUCUAUGUUAAUGCCAAAGAUAUUGAGCAAGAUCUACUAACUGUUUUGUUUGUCAGUUACUCAACUCUUUAGGAACCAAAGACUGACUUCUGCUCCCAUGAAGAAUGGAAAGUAGAAUAUAAUAAGGAUUGUUUAUCCGUAGAGUGUUCUAUAAGAGUUUUGACAAAGAAUGCUAACUUUAACUCAUUACUAUGUGUUGGUUUCCUGAACUGCUGCCACAGAUGGUAUGGUGCUUUGUAUAUUUGAGUCUGUUUGCCAUAAACACCUGAUAUUUUUUUUGACAUCCCAGUAGCAAAAUUUUGCCAUUAGCCAUUCUUCAGUAAAGGUGUAAGCUAGUUGUAGUCACCCCAAAUAUUUAUUAGUUAUGUAAUGAUUUAAUUUAAGUAGUUGAGAACAAUUUUAAGGGAUAUUUUAAACAGUAUUGAAAUUACCUUAAAAUCUACCAGUUAAUAUAAUAUGCUUUAGGAAUGAUGUAAUGCAGUGACAAUAACAAGAAGCGAGCAUAAAGUGAACAAAACAUCCUUCAAAAGCAUGCUUAAGUGGUUUAUCAUCUCCUAAUAUAUUUUUCUAUUACUGAGUGUAUAAAAUAUUCUCGAGCAUAUGGAUAAAGAGGAAAUAAUUACUUGUAUAAGCAAUUAUAGCUUCAAAAUAAAAUUUGUCUUAUUUCAUAACAGAUUAAAACAAGAAGUGUUGAAUGACUUUUUAAAUCCCUGAUGUAAUUUUGAAGUGAUUUCUGGUUCUCAGUACAAGUUCACCUACAAUUUAACGUGCUAUUAUGAAACAUCCUUUGGUACCAUAGGUCUGUACUGUUUUCUGAAGCAUGCUUUUGUGCCCAUUUCUUAGGCAUUCUGUGAAAGUGCAGUUUUAAAAAUUCCUAAUGCAUAGAUAUGUGUAUAUACAUAUAUACAUACUAUAUUAAACCUAUGUUGUGGCUGAACUAAUAUAAACUUUACAGCUCUAAGUGAUUAAUCAUGUAUGGUCUUAGAAAAAUGUGAUUUAAACCAGUAUGUGAAUGGAUUAUGACAUAUAGCUGAGUCCUUUAAAAGUUUACAUUUUGGUGUCCUGAAGUGAUGGAUUUUGAGCUGUUAACCAACACUCUUCUUCUCUAAAUAUGUUCUUUCGCUCUGUUAAGAAGUUUUAAAAGUUGUCAUCUUUAAAUUCCA